UUUCCCCUUUCUUUGGUCUCUUCCUUUGCAGGCACUGGGGAAAGUGGGAAGAGCACAUUUAUCAAACAGAUGAGGAUAAUUCAUGGCUCGGGCUACUCGGAAGAGGACAAAAGAGGCUUCACCAAGCUGGUGUUCCAAAACAUCUUCACUGCCAUGCAGUCCAUGAUCAGGGCCAUGGAGACCCUGAAAAUCCUAUACAAGUAUGAACAGAAUAAGGCCAAUGCACUGCUGAUUCGGGAAGUGGAUGUCGAAAAAGUCACAACCUUUGAGCAGCCAUAUGUAAGUGCAAUUAAGACAUUGUGGAAUGACCCUGGAAUCCAAGAGUGUUAUGACAGAAGGCGAGAAUAUCAGCUCUCUGACUCUGCUAAGUACUACCUUAGUGACGUGGAUCGAAUUGCAACUCCAGGAUAUCUACCAACCCAACAGGAUGUGCUACGGGUCAGAGUUCCUACAACAGGAAUAAUAGAAUACCCCUUCGACCUAGAGAAUAUUAUCUUCAGAAUGGUGGAUGUUGGGGGUCAGAGGUCAGAACGAAGGAAGUGGAUCCAUUGCUUUGAAAAUGUGACCUCCAUCAUGUUUUUAGUAGCGCUUAGUGAAUAUGACCAAGUUCUAGUGGAAUCUGAUAAUGAGAACCGGAUGGAAGAGAGUAAAGCCCUUUUUCGGACCAUUAUUACCUACCCGUGGUUCCAGAAUUCUUCAGUCAUACUCUUCCUCAACAAGAAAGAUUUGUUGGAAGACAAAAUCCUGUACUCCCACCUUGUUGACUAUUUCCCAGAGUUUGAUGGCCCACAGAGGGAUGCUCAGGCAGCCCGGGAGUUCAUCCUGAAGAUGUUUGUGGAUUUAAACCCAGACAGCGACAAAAUCAUCUACUCUCACUUCACAUGUGCCACAGACACAGAAAACAUCCGUUUUGUCUUUGCUGCUGUGAAGGACACCAUCCUACAGCUCAACCUGAAGGAGUACAACCUGGUCUGACCUGCUCUGCCCUCGCCCCCUUUCAGGCCUCCUUGUGAAGAAAAGACAAAAGAAAAAUUUAAAAAUUACAGGAAACAAAUCUUAAUUUUUAAUGAUGUAAUGAUUGCAAAUUGUCUGAUCUGUGGAGUGGCGAAUUUGCUCAGUGUUAUCCUGGAGUCUCAUGUCUCUGUCCACAGAGUAGUUGAUUUCAUAUUUUUAAUGAAUUGCUUUUAUUUCACAGUAAACGGGGAGGGGGGAGGAAGAAUACACCUCACUCUUUGGCACCUUGUUCACCUCUUAAUUUUUGUCUUCAGCCAAGGCAGCCUCAUCUUGGGCUUUACUUUGUCGCUUAGCUGCUUUUAUUUUCUUUUUCAUUCCCAUGGUAUAUAUAGAGAUCUAUAACUUUUCUGGCCAAGAUUGUAAAUUCACUGGACUGUAGGAGUGUGGAAUGCUACUGGUCCCUUUGCCUUGUGCCAUAGGGUGCCUCUGGUGUAAUUGUUAAUCCUGCUUGCUUUUUUGUGCCCACCCUGCCCUCCCCAAGGACACGCCCCAUGGUUCACUGUGAUGAAAUGUUGGGGAGGAACAAUUGCUCUCCAUCUAUAGCAAAAAAACAAAACAAAACCCCACAACAACAAAAAAGCCAUCACUUUUUCCAUUCUUUGUAUGGUUUAGUCUGGGUUACUUUUUUAUCAAUUAUAAAAGGUAUGGAGACUGUGAUUUUUUUUUUUUAAAUUAUUGAUGUGCUAUACAUAGUUUGCUACAUAUUGCUGUAUUUUGUUUAUGGACUUUAAAUGAGGGGAGCUCUUGGAGCAAUAGCUGCUGAGCCUGGGGAGAAGUGCCUGACUGUAUUAUUCUUUUAAAAAGUAGGUUCCAUUUAUGGAAAGAAACUGAGUGGAGUGUAAAGCAUCAAGUGAGCGACUUCUCUAUGCAGCGAAGAUUAGAAGCUCACUGAGUAAUUCUGUGGCAUUGAAACAUCAAAUUGUGCCAGACUGAAGGCCCGAGGUGUCAUAUGCCACGCUCUGGUUCUCUUGCAUGCUGUGAACAGCGGGGAAGUCCUCAUUGCAUUUUGUGCUAGCUGAGUGCAUUUGUAAGAAUGCUUCAGUCCUGUCCAGCUUGCGGAUUGCCUAGAAAGGGCCAGAGUUGAGUGACAUGGACUCUGAGAUGUGGGGCGGAUUCUUACUGCUUGAAAAGAUUGUGAAAAGUUUUAAGGGACGUGGGGAGUUCUAUUGCUCUUUUCCUGCCUGUGGUCUCCCUGAUACAGAUGCUGCUGUGGUUUUACUUUAGAGGAGCCUGGAUUGUUUUUGGAACACUUGCCCAGAUAUUGCCUCUGGAGGUGCAAGGUGCAUGCAGCAGUCACUUUUGGGGUGUGGAGGGAUGGACAGACAGCAGGCUAGUAAAGAGGAAGGCAGCUGGGUUUGUUGCUACAAGUGUUACUGAAAAUAAAGAGUGUUUUGGAUUCUAGGUGCCAUGUUGAAUUCCACUGAACUGAGGGCUUCAAGGCCUUUUAUCUCAUUUUAUAGGCUUCCAGAAGCCCAGUUGAGUGAGCUCUGCUGCCUCUUGUAUCUGUCUAGAAGACUGUGAUGGCAAAACAAGAAGUAAAAAAAAAAAAAGUGGAAUCUACCCCACUUCUUGGACAUAUGUGAAUAUGGGCAACACUAAUGGUUCUAUUACAGUUUCAACAAGUGGCAUUGGGUCCAGAUUCUCUGGAUACCCCAGAUGCCCCUUCAGUGGCGUACAGACUGCUGAUGGUAGUUUGAGGCUAACACAGGCCCCAACCUGCACUGUUAAAGGGGGUGUCUGCUUUUUGUUGUCUCGUUUAUAGACAGAGCACUAAAUCGGUGUUUUGCACAAAACACAAUGAAAUCGACUUGUUCCAGAUACCUGUGAUGGAUAACACUAAGUCUGGAGUUCACACUACUUUCCAGUAGUUCUGUUUAGGGCUCCCUCAAGUUUUCCAGACUAGGAGAGGGAAGACCCUGCUGUAUUUCACAGAGCACUACAGAAGAAAGAAAGCUCUGGGAGGCGAUGCCUGGCCUUGUCAGAGUUGGUAUUAGGGACCAACAAGUAGAGCCCUAGGUCUGGCUGAGAGUAAGACAGCAGCUGCUUGUAGAAUAACUACAUUCCUGAUCCUGCCUAAUGUUUAGGAGAAACAAGGGAGGGAUUCUCUCAUAUGCCAGACAGCUUUGCACCAGUUUUACUGCAUCUUGUCUUUUUGCCAAAACGAUCUUUUGUUAGAAGUGUUCAAUGAAGAGGAUUUUAUAAUAGACGUGGGUCUGUUCUAAAUGCCCUUCUUCUGCAACAUGUAAUGUGCCAUCCUCCUGCUUCCCUGAUCUUCUGAGUGGUUCCAAUUGCCAGCAGUGGACCUGGUGCUGAGAGAUUCAGAUUCUUGCAACAAAUGUCCCAGAGGUUCCUUUCCAAGGUUUAUGAUGAUGGCUCUUCCCAUUUGAAUCUGUGCUGGCGUUGUCCUUUGACCUGCCAAGAGACGAGAUGCUGACUAGGCACAGAAGGAAGGAUCUGGCAUCAUCCAUUGUGUGGAACAGGGUGAAUUUGUCUAGCUGUGAUGAAUUCCGGAAGGAUUUUGGGCUUUGGUAAAGAUUGGAGCACAUGCUGUUUACCUUUCUGGUCAGUUGCAGCAGCAGCAGCAGUGACUUGGUCACCAGUUGGGCAUGAAGGUAAUUGGGGUGGGGAUAUCAUAUGUCAGGGCUCUCCCACAAGAUGUCAGAAAUCUCUUCUGACCUAGAGAAGGAACAGGUCAGAGCUGUGCCCAAAAUCCAGAGGUGGCUGGAUGUUGUACCAUAGAAGAGAAGGAAGCGGGGUUAGCCAGCCCCGGGUGAUGAGAGAUGUCCUGUCUGCCUUCAUCUUGGAUGGUGAAACAUUCUUGCAGAACCAGUUCUUUUUGCAUCUCUGGGGUGGACCCCAGUCAGAUGCCUGCUCUAGUGAAAGUGCCAAAUUGAAAACCAAACUUGCCUAUUUCAUCCUCUUUGGUGAUGGGGCUGGUCAGGAUUCCCCAUAAACAAGGGAUUGAAGGUUGGGACAAAAGUCUUUUGAGUAAUAGGCUGAGGAAAGAGCCUGUUGUCCAAGCUCAGUUCAUAGUGCACUUUCUUUUGUCCUGAAGAAACUGGCCUGCCUCCAACAGGCCAACUGCGAGUCGUUCUAAACUGUACAGUGGAGAGAGCCGUGGGGGUGGGAGGUGGGGUGAAGAUCAUUCUGAUUUCCUUGCAUCAUUCCAUAAGGAUCAAUCCUAUGGCGAGCAACUGCCCCUCCGUGCUUCAGCAUGUUGGGUUGCUCCAGCCCUACUGCCUGUUUCCCUUUCUCCUAGAAUCGGAGUCUUGGUCUGCUGUUGUUGCUUCCUAGUGAUGUUGGCAUUACCUUUCGCUAUGGGGUUUUUCCACGUGUUUUAUUACUUGGUAAUUUUUUAAAAAUGUGCUUUCGGAGUGUGCUGACCAUCGUAUUGUACUAUACAGAACCCAGGUUGUUAGAGUCCAGCAGAGGUAAAGUCUGUAAUGCAGCCCCCAGUUUUAAAAGUAUGGUUUGUGCCAAUGCCCUUUCUUUAGUAGUGCCAGAGACUCUUGACAAGUGCCAAUGUGGCGGAAAUUAUUUGGUUAUACUUGUAUAUUAUAGGAUCCUGAUUUAAACAUUAUCCUAUUUAAAAAGAUACUAUAUAAAAUUCUGUUUUUAAACCUUGUCAUUUGAAAUGCAUGUAUUGUUGUGCGUGUUGGGAUGGGGGUGGGGGGAAAGAGGAUUGGGAAAAGGAGUUUCUGAAUAAGUUGCCCAGUGCUAGGGUCCGUUCAGGCUCCGGGCUCUUCCAGUCUAGGGGAGUGACCAUUUCUUGGAACAGUCCUACUCUGGCUCCUGGGCACCGACCCUUAUUACAGAAAUACCUGAUGGAAAUUGAUUUUCAUAUCUUUCUCCUAAAAUAAAUUCUCUGUUUGAAAUUGGAAUAAAUUUUGUUCCUAAAACCUG